AUGCUGGGAGAGUACGUGUGGGGGGCUGGAGCACUUGCUUAUCUGUACAUGCAUCUUGGUAUUGCCUCGCGGGCGGAGGCUAAGAGAGUGGCGAGUUGCCUGACUUUACUAUAG